AUGGCAGACACCGCAGCUAGCAGCCUUGCGACAUCCUUACUGCGUGGCUGCUGCUUCGAAACAGAUCGGCUCCUUGUGCAAGAGUUCCAGCCAACUUUCUCCCGCUGGCAUUCCGCAGCCGAAUCAAGGGACCACGAGUUCGACAUUGCCUCUGUUGUCGUCGCAUCAGUGCUCACCGAAGAGGUGACCAAGCCACUCCCACCUCAUUGGCAAGGCCCCUAUUCACCAGACAGGGCCAGGCAGUGGAUGUGCGACUUAAUCGAUGAACCCAUGACCACGCUGCUCUUUGCGGUGGCCAAAGAUCGUGGCAGAGAAGAUACCGAAAGAAGUGGGGACCAGAAGGAUGCUUUGAAGAUGGCUUCUGACUCGAUUGUCGGACUAGUGAUUGCUUUCGAAAUGGACGUGGAGGGAUCUGAAUCCCAGAAGGAUAUUCGCUUGGGCUACCUGCUGUCUGAGAGAUUCUGGGGCCGAGGCUUUGCAUCAGAGCUCGUGAAAGGUUUUGUCAGCUGGUGCCGGCAGUUCAAUGAAACCGACACCCCGCAAAUUGCCUCCAUUAUUGGAGGGGUGGCUCGGACGAAUGUGGCAUCCAAACGCGUCCUCGCGAAGAAUGGCUUCCAAAGUCUCAGCGGCGUAGGUCCAUCGGCCGACGGCGAAGAUGAGCCGGAAGAAGAAGAGUUCCAGCUGCAGCUCAUCGGCUGA